AUGAAGUUGGAGAACUCGGAACUCAAAACCUGCUCAGCGGCAGGGGUCGCCUUCCAUCAUGGCGGGUUGAGUCCUGAAGAUCGUCGUGCAAUUGAAGACGGCUUCCUGCAAGGCCAGGUCAAUAUCAUUUGCAGUACUUCCACUUUAGCCGUUGGCGUCAACCUUCCUUGCUAUUUGGUCAUCCUCAAAGGGACGACAUGCUGGACAGACAACGGCAUGCAAGAAUAUGCCGACCUUGAGGUGAUGCAGAUGCUCGGGAGAGCCGGGCGUCCCCAAUUCGAAGUUUCAGCUUCCGCAGUUAUUCUCACCCGAAAGGAGAAAGUUCUACAUUAUGAGAAAAUGGUCUCGGGUGAAGAAGUACUCGAAAGUUGCCUUCAUCAGAAUCUUAUUGAGCAUUUAAAUGCUGAGAUCGGACUUGGAACUGUAUAUGAUCACGCAAGCGCGAAGCAGUGGCUCGCUAGUACUUUUCUCUACGUUCGACUGAUGAGAAACGCUUCUCAUUACCAGUUUAGAGAAGACUGUCAGUUCUCCAGCAAAGAAGAGUUGCUGGAUCAACUUUGCCAAAAGGAUCUCAGCGCCCUACAGGAAGCGGACCUCGUUACAAGGACAACUCGCCUAAGGUCAACUGAAUUUGGAGAUGCAAUGGCCAAAUACUAUGUGAGCUUCGAUACCAUGAAGUUGUUUAUGGAAUUGCCCCCAAAAGCUAAGCUAUCUGAAAUACUCGCCAUUCUCGUUCAAGCUCGAGAGUUCAAAGAUGUACGCAUGUCGGCGGGAGAAAAAUCCUUCUACAAAGAAAUCAACAAGGCGCCUGAGAUCAAGUUUCCCAUCAAUGUCGAUAUAGCACUGCAAGCUCACAAAAUUUCACUCCUCAUUCAGGCCGAACUAGGCAAUGUCACGCUACCCGAUAGAGACCAAUACAAAAAGCUACACCAGCAACACCGACUAGACAAAAGUAUUGUGUUCGCGCAGUCUAGUCGUCUAAUUCGUUGCAUCAUUGAUUGCCAGAUUCACCUUGAGGACUCCGUUUCGGUGCGUCAUGCACUUGAGCUGUGUCGCUGCCUUGCCGCCCGUGUGUGGGAUAAUACCGCGAGUCAAUUGAGACAGAUCGAUGGCCUUGGGGAGGUCUCCGUACGAAAACUUGCUUCCGCUUCAAUCAAAAGCAUUGAUAGUCUCAUCAAUGCCGAAGCAUCCAAAAUUGAGAUGGUCCUUGGGAAAAAUCCUCCAUUUGGGUUGGAUCUGCUCAAAAAGCUUGAGGCUUUUCCAAACCUAAGAGUCUCCGUCAAGGAGGCGGGCAGACAAACUAAAACUGGAAAGGGGGUAACAGUUCGAUUUAAAGUCGAAGUCGGGUUUCUCAACGAUGUUAAACCUCAGUAUUUCAAGAGAAAACCAAUCUAUGUCUGCUUUUUAGCUGAGACAUCCGAUGGAAGGCUUAUCGAUUUUCGAAGAAUGAGUGCUAAGCAUCUACAGAAUGGAGAAGAGAUUCUCUUAUCUGUAGAGCUGGUCAAACCAACACAACAGGUGUCCUGCUUCGUGAUGUGUGAUGAAGUGGCGGGCACGAGUCGGUACGCGGAAUUGGAUCUUACAGGGAUCCCAGAUGCAAUAUAUCCCACUCGACAAUCUGCUGGAAGCGCUGCAAAUGAUAGUGUACACAAUUCUCCCCGUGGUAAUGCUUAUGAUACUCCACGGGACGACGAAUUCGAUGAUGGCGGCAUUGAGGAUAAAGACUUGCUAUCAUUUGAGAUGGCCGGAGAACAAAUUGAAGUUGUCGAAGAUAUCGAUGACAUACUCGAAAAGGCGAGCAGACAACAAGAGCGACAGGUGUCGAAGCCGUUGAACCAUGAUUCUGAAAGCGAAGAUGCAGAAACUGUGGCUUUCAAAGAACCCACCCAACUGCGGAAUGGUCGAUGGACUUGUCAGCAUGAUUGCAAUGACAGGGGCAGAAAAUGUAAGCAUAGAUGCUGCCGAGAAGGCGUUGCAAAACCACGACGUCGCCCGAAACCAGAAAGCAUUUCAAAGGUGGACGACAUGAGCCAGAAAAAGCUGACGGAUCUUUCAACAUUCAAUUCAGGACAAUCAUCUCAGAAACGGAAAGGUCUCAACUUACAUGCCUCAGUCCUCGGUACUCAAAGUUCUUCAGCCAAGAAUGUUCACGGGAAAAACGAUUCUGAGCCACCCCAGAAAAAGUCAAAGCUCUCUCACGUUCAGAAGAGCAACGGCCGUGAAGCGACUGGUACAGCACCACAAUCAGCUCAUAAGGGCACCGUACAGAAGCAAGUUGAGAGAUGCGAACCAAAACCCUCUCCCAUACUUGGGCCUGGGUCUGAGCUACCUAAUUUGGACUUCCUCGUGGAUGAUCUGACACCCCUCGAUUGUGAUUAG